AUGCUGCGAUCACUGCUAGCCGCUACUGCCCCCUGCCGCCGGCCCGACCCGAAGCCCAGGCAGGCCCCGCCCAUCUCGGUCCUCCGGGGAGAAAUUGGUCUGGAGCUGACGGCUGAGACCCAGGUCCUGGCCCGUCGCAGCCGCGACCACCACACCCGGCCCCGCCACUCCUCGUAUCCAGAGAAAAAAGACCUCGACUGCCCUGCACUUUCCGCACGCUUCUCUCCGCCCUCACUUCCCUUCCCACUCCUCGGGUCUGCCACUCCCUUUCCCAGGGACACCAGGCCGUGCCUGGCUGCCUCUCCUGGAACCCGCGCGAGCCCACAGCAUCCAAUCCCGAGUUGCCAUGGUGAUGUGGCGCAGCCGAUAAAAGCCCGAAGAGGCGGCGUCCUGGAGCCGUUGGAGAGCGCCUAG